AUGUAUAACAAAGGCCAUGCUAAUUUGAAGAGACUAGAAGAAAAUUGUUUAUUAGAAAGCGCGGAUCAUGGGAAUUGUGUGAAGAUGCAUGAUCUGGUGAGAGACAUGGCAUUGUACAUUACUAGUCAGAGUCCUCGAUAUCUGGUAAAAGCUUGGAAUCAAUUGACAGAGCUACCAACUGAGCAUGAAUGGACUGACGAUCUUCAGAAGGUUUCCUUAAUGCGCAACGACAUUUCAAAAUUUCGCUUAGAUAUGACACUUCCUAAGUUCACAGCACUCUCGACCUUGCUUUUGCAAUAUAAUUCAUCUUUAAGAGAGAUUGAUGACUCUGUCUUUACGCUCAUGACUGAGCUUAAGGUUCUUGAUCUUUCUCAUUGUUAUAGUAUUAGAAAUCUGCCCAAUUCUAUUUCUGGCUUGGUAAAACUCACUGCAUUGUUGCUUAACGGUUGUGGUAAUCUAGAACAUGUGCCUUCUUUGGCAAAACUUGGGGUUCUGAAGAAGUUGGAUCUUGGUUACACGCGUAUUACAGCCAUUUCUGAUGGACUAGAGAUGUUGGUACAUCUCAGAUAUCUUGAUCUUUAUGCAUACGAUAUAAGAGAGAUGCCUGGUGGAAUAUUACCAAAACUCUUCCGUCUUCAAUACUUAAGGUUAGAUAAUGCAGUUGCAGAGGCAGAAGAAGUUUCAAGAUUGACAAGAUUGGACUAUUCUUUUCUAGGAGGAAGAAGGGGAAAAGCGGUGGGAAUUGGUGGAUUGACAAACUUUGGAGACUCCAUUAAGAUACCGACUGACAUUCAGAGGCUAGUCAUUCAACACUGUGAUGAUUUGAGAAGGAUAGAGUGCUUCUAUUAUUUGUCCUCUUACACUAGUGCACUUCAGACCCUUGAGGAUCUGGUUCUUCAGUAUUUGGAUAAUUUAAUUGCAAUUCUUGGAGAAGAAAUAGACGGAGCUAAAUCCACAUUACCAACACCAAUAACACCUGGAAUCUUCUCUUGUCUUAAAACUAUUAGAAUAUGGAGUUGUCCAAAAUUGAAGAGAUUGUUCCCCCCGAAGUUGCUGCGAAACCUACAAAACUUAGAAGAAAUUAGAGUUUGGAAAUGCUCAGGACUUGUGGAAAUAGUAGAAGCAUCAAGUGAUAAAGAAGAAGAAGAUAAGGAAGCAAGUAAGAAUUCUAUCAAACUCUCUCUUCCAAAUUUAAGAUCUAUCGUUUUGCGAUUUCUACCGGAAUUAAGGAGCUUCUGUAAGAGUUGUUACGCAAUCCAUUGUGAUUCCCUUAGAAGCAUUUAUAUAGAGGGAUGUCCAAAGCUGAAGACGAUCUCUCCCUUGUUUCCGUAA